UGUUUGUGUCUUGCAGACGUCCAGCAGCUGAUCGGUAAUCCAGAAGAAGUUUCCCCUCAGUUAGGGGGGAGCUCCACUUUGAAGCAGGAGACUCCACAACCACCCUGCAUUAAAAAGGAAGAGGAGGAACUCUGCAUCACUCAGGAGGGAGAGUGUCUUCUAGGACGAGAGGAAGCUGAUUACACCAAGUUUCCACUGAGUAUUCUCUCUGUGAAGACUGAAGAUGAUGAAGAGAAACCACAAGUAGACAACCUCUUAGCUCCACUAUCAGAUAGUGAGGCUGAAGACGAGGUUGAAGAACCUUUGAGCAGCGAUAAAGACUGUGAAGGUGAUAUGAGGACUCACACUGACAACAAACACUCUGAAUGCUCUACAAAGAAGAGAGGUAAAACAUGUUUGAGCUGCUCAGUUUGUGCUAAAAGUUUUACUAAAAAGAGCCGUUUGACUCGACACAUGAGAACACACACAGGUGAAAAACCAUUCAGUUGUCCAGUUUGUAGCAAAAGCUUUUCCCGAAAUUGUGGUUUGACUAAACACAUGAGAACACACACAGGUGAAAAACCAUUCAGUUGUUCAGUUUGUGGCGAAAGCUUUUCUCGAAAUUGUGGUUUGACCGAACACAUGAGAACACACACAGGAGAAAAACCAUAUAAGUGUUCAGAUUGUGGCAAAAGCUUUUCUAUUAAGAGCAUAUUGACUCGACACAUAAGAACACACACAGGUGAAAAAACAUGUUCUUGUUCAGUUUGUGGCAAAAGCUUUUCUCGAAAUAUCAAUUUGACUCACCACAUGAGAACACACACAGGUGAAAAACCAUUUAGUUGUUCAGUUUGUGGCAAAAGCUUUUCUCGAAAUAUCAAUUUGACAUACCACAUGAGAACACACAGGUGAAAAAAAUUUUAAGUGUUCAGUUUGUGGCAAAAGCUUUUCUGUUAAGGGCAAUUUGACUAAACACAUGAGAACACACCCUACAGAAAAACCAUUUAGUUGUUCAGUGUGCUGUAAAAGGUUCCCACAUAAUGUAGACACAGUAAGACACU